ACCAACGCAUCGCUCGCCUCUUUUACCUUUUCAACCCUUUGUCGUAAUCAAAAGAGAAAAAAAAUAGCGCAUACGAGGCUUAAUACCCGCUAAGCUGCAUCCAAUACGCCUGUGUGUGUCCCCGCUCCCCACUCGGUACUCCCAAAGUCACUGGGUUUUCCGAGAGAAACCUAUUCGCUAUCUCCCCCACCUUCAAUUUUUUUUUUAUCUAAAUACGAGGAAAGAACUGGCUUCGCGCUCGGAGGUGUCGCUUACCGCUGAAUAUCAGAGUGUGUAGGCGCGCGUUUUUUUUUUUCAGAAUACUCGCGAGUUGUUGUUUUUUUGGUUUAUUUUAUUGUUGGUGUGAAAUUGAGAACAGUGGGUGAUUGUUCGGUUAUUGAACAACAGUUUUGGCAGAUGAAUUGAGAGCAGUCGUCUGACUUUUGUGGAGAGACUAUUAUUUGUGUGACUGUUUUGUUUAUGGUGAGAGGAUAUUUGUUGACAUCGGGGGCUGAUAUGAGUCGGAGAGGCUACGGUGAACGCGUGCACUCGGACCGGCGUUAUCAGUGAAUUUGUAUUUGUUUAAGGAAAGUGUCUCGAAGGGUCCCGUGACUGCACGACGCAGGAGAACGAAAUAAGAUACACCGGAGUAAGCCACACGGGGCACGUGCCAGGAGUGGAACCGAAUAAAUGACGUAAAUCCGAGGAACUAAAAGGGACGUAACGCUACCUUGCUGGUCCCCCCAACCCUUUCCCCUCUCCCCCCGUCUUUAUCUUUUUUCUUACAUCCUUCACCCCUCAACCAUUUUUCGUCCUCAUCCUCAUCACCGUCAGCCUUUAAAUCCCAACCCCCGUGAUCUCCGGAGACCCGUCAACACAGCCGACGUGUCCUCACUGUCACCUUUUUUUUUCCACUCGCCCCCUUUUACGAUUCGAUUGCCUGUCGCCAUCUCCAUGGUAAAAAAACAUUGACUAGCCUGCACGCCCUUUUCUCGUCACGACUCAUCAGCGGGACAUAAAAGCAAUCAAGAGGGAGAGACGCAAAGGGAACGCAUCCUGUGACAAUUUUAAAAGUUUGAGGGAUCAUCAGCUGAUAGUUAAUUCAACUUGCAGCACCGGAAGAUUCUCUUGGGCCUUUAUUAAAACUAGCAGCGAGCUUCCGUAGAUGAAGCACUUGAGCAUCGUUAUAAUCACAAAGAUUAAUUAAUAAUAGAAUACAUGUGGUUAUUGUGAACUACUUGUAUGAGAAUUGAACAUUGGAAUCGAAAAAAACGAAAUCUAAGUUGAAUAAUCAUCGAGUUGAGUCGGUGCGUGUGAAAGAGGAAAAAACGUCGAAGAGUGUGAUCAGCUGAACACGAAGAUGGCUAUGGUCAACAUGAACAACCUACUCAAUGGAAAGGACUCGCGCUGGCUACAGUUGGAGGUAUGCAGAGAGUUUCAACGCAACAAGUGCACCAGACCCGACACGGAGUGUAAAUUCGCUCAUCCACCUGCCAAUGUUGAAGUGCAGAAUGGACGGGUUACUGCGUGUUACGACAGUAUCAAGGGAAGAUGCAAUCGAGAAAAGCCGCCAUGCAAAUACUUCCAUCCACCCCAGCACCUGAAGGAUCAAUUACUGAUAAACGGACGAAAUCACUUAGCCCUGAAGAAUGCCCUGAUGCAGCAGAUGGGCCUAACCCCGGGACAGCCCCUUGUGCCUGGUCAGGUGCCUACAGUGGCAACCAAUCCCUACCUAACCGGAAUGCCACAGGUGAACAACACGUACACCCCAUACUUCACACCGAGUCCAAUAAUGCCAGCGAUAAUGGGACCAGCAGAUCCCACGGGGGUUGGUAGUCCACUAGGUGUUGUACAGCAGACAGUAGCAAUGCCGCAGAAGAUGCCACGUACCGAUCGUCUAGAGAUGGAAUCAAAGUCAUUCGGGUCUUUCUACUACGACAAUUUUGCCUUUCCGGGUAUGGUACCGUACAAACGUCCAGCUGGUGACAAAUCUGGUAUGCCAGUGUACCAGGCAACUGGUGCAACGACCUACCAGCAGUUGAUGCAGCUGCCGCAGCCGUUCGUGCCUGUGUCAUGUGAGUACGCUGGAACACCACCCCUUCCUCAAACCUCUAACCAGUCGAUAUCAAGCGUUCAAAAUUCAAUUCAAUCCCAGGCCUCAUCUAGCCUGGCCCAAGUGUCUGAGUCAAACGGUGUUAUGGGUGUUAAUAAUCCACCACCACCGCCAUCAUCAGCCAGUGGCGGUGGUAGUGUUUCAAAUACCAAUGAUAAUAAACAAUUAACGUUGAAUCACGACGGCGAAAACGCGCGUAACUCUCCCGACUUGAAUCACUCGAAUUCGCCCCAAGUUAAUCAGCUAACAGCCCACUCAGCUGGCGUAUCAAUGCCAACAAUGAGCGCAAUGACAACCUCAAUGCCGAACGUACCAAACUUCUCGAUGGCCAAUAUCGUGUCGCUUGCCAAUGCCAGUAUACAUCAGGCCAACGUCAACUCAAUGGCCAAUUACACGAUGGCGAACAUGGCGCACUUUAGUGUGCUGAAUACUCUGGGCAUGGGGCACAGUCUCACUGCCAUGGACCCGGCAGCGCUUGCUAAGGAAGUCGCCCAGAAGAACUACGCGAAAGCCAUUAAGAUGCAGACGAGCCAGCAGUACGGCAUCAAUCCCCUGACAGCUCUGAACUACACUGGAGUUGCCUUGAACAAGCAAGCGCUUGCGAUCAAUCAGUCGCAGGCAGCAGCUGCUGUGGCAGCCAGCGCUCAAACGCGUCAGAUGCUGCCGCCUGGUCUUGCUGGCAUACCUGGGGGUCCACUCAGUGGGCAACUGCCAGCCAGCCUUCUGCAUUACCAAAGGCCACCCAGCGCAACUCCCAUCAAUCCUUACUCCCUCAUUCGUCAGCAUCCUAUGCUACAUUCUCCCUACGUUCAGGCCUCUUUUCCUGGUGUACCUGCUGCUGCAUUACAACAAGCCGCCAAUCCAUACGCCCAGAAUCCCUACGCCAUGAUUCCUGGCAUGAGUGCUGUCGGCGUCACCGGUGUGCCUGGUGUACCAACAGCUGUUCCUGGCAUUCAUCAGGUGCCCACUGCCAAUCCUGCGACGAUAGCUGCGCAACCCCAGGUUGCCAUCCCCGUCAGCACGGGCGUCAUUAUGCAACCGUACAAGAAAAUGAAAACUACGUAAAUCAGUGCCAGACGAUCUUGCUGCCUUCGUGAAUGUUACAGUGAAUUUUUGUCACGAGGGCAGAAUGUGGUAUUGGUAUUUUACGAGAGUAGUUUCAUUUUCUAGUCAGACAUUGUCGAUGAACAGUGCCUUAAUGACUCGAUUCCCAUUAAUCCUGGCGACUUUGAUAAGCGAGUCGAGUGACGUGUGAAUUACUUUUAAUCUAGAAUUUAUUUUAAUCAAGUAAUGUACGUUAUAUAUAUUUUUUCACAUAACGUCGUGGUAAAGACUGUUUUAGGUUUUCUAUUUUAUCCUUCGACGUAUUUUUAUCGGACUCAUUUAUUGUGGUGGUUGAUUUUUUUGUUCUUGUUGGAACGGUUUUUUUUCGGGGAAUUGUGCACCAAGUUUUUCUUCUCGAUGGAAUUUAAGGAAUUGUUUGUUUUUAUCUUCAUUGAGACUUGAGGAAUUGUUACAGUGUAGUGGAUAUCUGUCACGUUAAUGUCUGUUCUGGGGAUUUUUAACGAUAUUUUUAUCAAAUUGUCUUGAGGUUUAGUCAUGUCUAAGCGCACUCUUGCCGCAAUGCUGCGACACUUCGCAGUCAUUUAUAUUUUAAUUGUUUUUUAUUUAUGGAGUAUGUUGUUGUAACAUGGUUUAAGUCUACUUGUUAUUGAUUAUGUUUAGUAAUUUUUUUUCUUAGCGGGUGGGCGAUACUAAUGCUAUUCAAUUUGGGAGAGUUACAUGUCGCGGUACAGAGUGAUCGUACGAGCCUCGUGUUUCGACAUUAUGAAGUUGAAAUGGAAAGAAUGUUAAGCACUGUUGAGGAAACGAGAUGAAUAAUUUUCAUCAGUGAUAAAUGCAGUGUUUUCUUUUCGAUGGAAAAUAGCACGAACGCCAUCACGAUACACAUUCACCAAAUAUUAACGCGGCCAAUGCGUUUAAUAAGCAGAGUAACUAAUGUAUUGUAUUUUUAUUAGUAAAUAUUACUGAUAGGUCCUUGUCAGAAUAACGUAUGACGUAAUCUAGAAGUAAGUGUGUGGGGUAUGUGAGAAAGCGCAUGAACGACAUUGAACAAAACAAAGGGAAAUGGAAAAUAUACAGGCGGAUGAAGUAAAUGUCUCGUGAAAGAAUAAAGAUACACUUGCCAGUGAUUUGAAACACUUUGUUUUUUCAAUAACAUAUGUCUUCAAGUACAUUUAUUAUACGAUAUUGAGAGUGAUAGAGGUAUAUACUUGUAUAUACGAUGUCUCGUACCAAGUGGGAAUAAAACAUUUAUAUAUUAAUAUAUUAUUGAUAGAGAUGUACGAGUGCAGGACAGCUGCAUGUUGGCGUAACAAUUUGUGUAGUGAUUGUAUCAUUAUGAUAGACUAGGUAACGACGGUCGUGAUUAAUGCCACGAAAUUUAUGAUAAAUAAAUAUUGAGGGGAGGUUGCUGUGAGUUUUGAAAGCUUGGGGGUAAUGGAGUGGGAUGUAAUAGACGUUGGAGGUCUAUUAUACGUGGAUUAACACGAUGGAGGAAUUGAAAAACAUUGUUUAUCGUUCGUUUGAAGUUUUUAAAAAAUUUUUUAGAAAAUGUGUAGAAUAACUUUGAAAAUAGGUAAUGAAUGUACUCUCAAAUUAUUUAGGAUAUUUUUCAUUUAUUUGAGGUAGAAAAAAAUAUUUAAGAAAGGAAACAAUCUACAAGUCGAUGUUGGGGAUUUUUGUCUAGAUUUUUUUUCUGAAAAGAUGGCGAUUAGGUAAUCAUUUUGAAAGAAGAAAAAUUGAAAAGUGUU